AUGUCUUCAUCUCCCCGACUCCCCAAACUCAUCGCCUUUGAUUUGGACUAUACCCUGUGGGAUAUGUGGAUUGACACGCACGUAACUGGCCCGCUCCGCCACGCGAAAAACGGCACCAAGGUCAUCGAUAGACACGGAACGGAAGUCGUUUUCUACGACGACGUUGGGGGAAUCCUUCGGGGCCUGAGGAGAGAGGGAGUGCUGGUAGCCGCCUGCUCGCGGACUCAUGCUGCUCACUUGGCCAAGCAGGCACUCUCGCUCAUCCGUAUACCCCCUUCCCACGCGGACGACCCCGCUGUCCAAGAACAGCCUGCAAUUGAGCUGUUUGAUAACUUGGAAAUCUACCCGGGCUCCAAGAUCCCUCAUUUCCGAGCGUUGCACGAGAAAACGGGGGUCCCUUACGAAGAGAUGCUAUUCUUUGACGACGAAUCGCGAAAUCGGGAGGUAGAACGGCUUGGAGUUAGGUUCCACCUGACCCCAGAUGGGGUCAGCAAUGCAGUAUUCGAGGCUGGAGUUAUGAGUUGGAAUGCCCGACGAGCCGUAGCUUCGGCGGAAUGA